ACUCCCUUCAGAGUUUUUAUGUAAUGUAUUGACAGGGUGAGCUGAGGCGCGCAUGGGCCGGACGCGCAGCUGGACGCGGUUACUACGAGCAGGAGGAGGAGGAGGAGGAGGAUUGUGCUGCUCCUAACUUUUCUCACUUGUUUUCGCUCUUAUUAGAAAAAAACACUUUCACUCAAAGGUCCGAAUGCGUGAGCGGUCGGCACAUCGGAGAACCAUGGACGGCUUCAGCAGAGUGGCUUUUCGUCGGAAACAGCGCAGUUUGGAUUUUCCGGAGCCGUUUGAAACAGAGAGGAAAGGCAAAGCCGCCUGUUGCAAGACGACGAGCGUCGAUGAGGAGGCCUGCGUGGCGGUGAAGAUCGAGCACUCCACAGCUUUAGGCAGCAGCCCGGCGAGAAGCCUCAGCAGCGCUCCCAGUGUGCAGGCGUGUCUGAAUCGAGCCAACAGAGGGGCGACUGAAGCGAGCCGGGGAGGCGUCAAUGGAAGAGGCUCUAGCGGCAGGCCGUGGCUGCAGUCGAAACCGCAAGUGCCUCCGAAGCCGCUACACCUCCAGAGCCCAGUGACGGAGCUCUCGUCCCCGCUGGGCCGCUUCCAGAAGCCGCCGCCGCUUAGAACCGUCAUGGAGGAAGGAGGCGGGAAAACCGGGGCUGUGAACCGGGAGAGGGCGAAAGAUAAGCCCUCCAAAGUCUCAGACCUGAUCAGCCGCUUUGAGGAAAACAGCGGCACAGAGAACAAGCGAGACGGCUCGCCGCUCAAACACACCAGCAAAUCCUCCAACUGCAGCCCAGCUCACCGGCCCUACCAGAAGCAGGCGGAGAGCGGCAGGACUCAGGAGAACAGCUCGUCGGCGCCGGCCGCAAAGCAGGAUGACCACAAACCAGCAGCGAACGGGGUGCUAGUGCAGAUGGAGCAGGGCAAGGAGAAGGAGGACAAAGAGGAGAAGAACCACGAAAGUGAGAGGACAGGGACUGGCGAGCUGGUAAAUGGAGAUAUGGGGAGCGCAGAGCAGAGCGGCGAUCAUUCACCAGCAGCACACACAGACAGAACUGGCACAGAAAGCCACACUGAGAAUGAGGACAGUGGGACGACAGCAGAAAGUGAACAGAGGAGCGAAGAAGGGAACGCAGACCUGAAGGAAACAAACGAACAGAAGCUAUAUAAGAUCGCCAGCGAGCUCUUGCACACGGAGAAGGCCUACGUAGCGCGACUUAACCUGCUGGACCAGGUGUUCUGUGCUAAGCUAAUGGAGGAGGCGAACAAAGGAACGUUCCCCGUGGAUGUAGUGAAGAACAUCUUCUCCAACAUCUCCUCUAUCAACGCCUUUCACGGCCAGUUUCUGCUCCCCGACCUGGAGAAACGCAUGGGCGAAUGGGCGUCGACUCCUCGCAUCGGGGACAUCCUGCAGAAACUCACACCCUUCCUCAAAAUGUACGCAGAGUACGUGAAGAAUUUCGACAAGGCCAUGGAGCUGCUGAAGCAGUGGAUCGACCGCUCGCCGCAGUUCAAGGCCAUAAUUCAGGAGAUACAGAGCCAAGAGGUGUGCGGCUGCCUGACGCUUCAGCAUCACAUGUUGGAGCCGGUGCAGAGAGUCCCUCGAUACGAGAUGCUGCUGAAGGACUACCUGAAGAAGCUGCCUCAGGACGACCCCGACCGACGAGAUGCAGAAAAAUCGUUGGAAAUUAUCGCCACAGCAGCGACUCACUCCAACAGCGCCAUCAGAAAAUCUGAGAACCUAAAGAAGCUGAUGGAGAUCUACGAGAUGCUGGGGGAGGAGGAGGACAUCGUUAACCCCUCCAACGAGUUCAUCAAAGAGGGCCACAUCCUGAAGCUGGCAGCCAGGAACACCUCAGCCAUGGAGCGGUACCUCUUCCUGUUCAACAACAUGCUGUUGUACUGCGUGCCCAAGUUCAGCCUGGGAGGGACCAAGUACACGGUGAGGACGCGGAUCGGCAUCGACGGCAUGAAGGUCCUGGAAACCACCAACGAGGACUACCCUCAUACCUUCCAGGUGUCGGGGAAAGAGAGGACGCUGGAGCUCCAGGCCAGCUCAGAGCAAGACAAGGCCGACUGGAUUAAGGCUUUCCAGGAGACCAUUGAGAUCUUCCAGCAGAAAAACGAGUCAUUCAAGAAUGCACAGAAGGACGUAGAGGAAGUGUCGAAAGCCGAGCUGGGGAAGCGCGCUCCUCGCUGGAUCCGUGACAAUGAAGUGACGAUGUGUAUGAAGUGUAAGGAGCCUUUCAACGCUCUGACACGGCGGAGACACCACUGCAGAGCCUGCGGCUACGUAAGUAAUCCUGACUGACUUCACUGUGUAACGUCUUCACACCAAAGACGUCUAAUGAUGAUGACAAGUCUGAGGUACUUGUAUUGUCAGGCUCCACUCGAUUUCAGAAGGAAAAAUUAAAGCUUUUACUACGUUUAUGUGACAGCUUCAGGUUCUUUAUAAAAUUAGGAUUUUACAUACAAAACAUGUGACAUGCUGAGAAAAUAUUUGAUCAAAUAAAACUUCUCAGCAGUAGAUCAGCUAAAAAACUUCAACUAGUCGAUGUAUUUAUUAGGCGUUAGAAAAUGUAUCUGGUGAUGCUGCU